ACUAAAACAAUGACUUAAUUACGGAACACAUGAUACAAUUCAAAGUUCAUUAGUCCACGGCAAGUACACACACACACAACACACGACACUCACUCCCACACUCCAACAUACACAAAAAGAAGAUUUAGCAGAUAACAAACACAAGACACAAUGGGCGACAUUUGCAGUCCGCAAAAUGAAAAUGCACUCUCGAGACUCGACAACAUAAUCAGAUCACUGGAAUCCCAGUAUGACACGGUUCCGAGGCUCAAUUGGCCGGAAUGCCCCGCAGACGACGCCCCACCAAAGAGGAUGGUGGAACAUCCUUAUUUCAAAGAUGUCUGGUUCAGGGCGGAACCCAUGGUAAAAAGUGAUGACGUCAAAGUCACAGUUGACGGCCGUCAGGCGGAAUACAGAAGAAGCAGAUACUACGAAUUCCAAGAACCUCCACUUGGCAUCCCUCCAUGGUACAAGCCCAGAAGUAAGAGCGUAGAAAUAAGAGGAGGGGUCGUCAUGAACGGCUGCGAUUGCUGGAAGAAGAACGGACUGCAAGACGACUGUCAUAGGUGGGACUGCGCCAGGCCGGAAUGUCUCACAAGGCCGCUCCCAGAAUGCCCGCCUGGAAACUGCCCCCCGAUCACAGGAGUCAGAAAGAUGAACGCGUACAUGAUGCACUGCUGACCGAAUCGGGAUCUCUUCUCAUUUUCAAUCACUUAACCUACAUAAACUUACAUAAAAACAAAACACAAAAAAAAACCCAACAAACACAAAAAAACAAAAAUAUUAAUUCAAUACACUGGUCAAACAUAUAUUUGGUCCGUCUCAGUAAUGUUUCUAUCACUUUAAAUUAUUCUCUUACAAAUACAGACUGUACAAAAGGC